AUGGCACUCAUCAGAAGUAAUCUGCUGCUCAAGACUGCACGAUCAACUGUAUUACGUCGCAACUUUGCUAGUAUUGCUGACAAAAAGGUUGCUCUUUCCAAUUUGGAAAAAGACAAGUACAUCAAUUACAAACGCAUUGAAGAUAAUCUCAAGGUUGUUCGUGACAGACUUCAACAUCCUCUUACCCUUGCUGAAAAGAUUGUUUAUGGUCACUUGGACAAUCCCAAAGAGCAAGAUAUUAAGCGUGGUGGUUCCUACUUGAGACUUCGUCCAGAUCGUGUUGCCUGUCAAGAUGCUACUGCUCAGAUGGCACUUCUUCAAUUUAUGUCUGCUGGUCUCCCCACCGUUGCUGUUCCCAGCACUGUUCACUGUGAUCAUUUGAUCGAGGCUCAGCUCGGUGGUGUCAAGGAUCUUCCCCGAUCCAAAUCCAUCAACAAGGAAGUAUAUGAUUUUCUUUCUACCUGCUCCGCCAAGUACGGUAUUGGGUUUUGGCGUCCUGGAUCUGGUAUCAUUCACCAAAUUAUCUUGGAAAACUAUGCCUUUCCUGGCGGUUUGAUGAUUGGUACCGAUUCCCACACUCCUAAUGCGGGUGGUCUUGGUAUGGUUGCUGUAGGUGUUGGCGGUGCUGAUGCUGUUGAUGUCAUGGCAGAUAUUCCAUGGGAGCUCAAAUGCCCCAACGUGAUUGGUAUAAAACUCGUUGGUAAACUCAACGGAUGGACCUCUCCAAAAGAUAUUAUUCUCAAGGUUGCAGGCAUCUUGACUGUCAAGGGUGGUACUGGAGCAAUUGUAGAGUACUUUGGACCUGGCGUUGACUCUAUUUCGUGCACUGGUAUGGCUACUAUUUGCAACAUGGGUGCUGAAAUUGGUGCAACUACAUCUUUGUUCCCUUACAACUCUCGCAUGUCCGACUAUCUCAAAGCCACGUCGCGUGGUGCCAUUGCUGACUAUGCCACUUCAUUCAAGCACAAUUUGGUUGCUGAUGCCGGUGCCAAGUACGACCAAAUCAUUGAAAUUGAUCUCAAUACACUCGAACCUCAUAUCAACGGCCCCUUUACUCCCGAUCUUGCUACUCCUCUGAGCAAGUUUGCAGAAGCUGUCACCAAGAACAACUGGCCUGCAGAACUCAAAGUCGGUUUGAUUGGCUCAUGCACAAACUCCUCAUACGAGGACAUGUCUCGUUCUGCUUCCCUCGCAAAGCAGGCUCUUGAUGCUGGUGUUCAAGCCAAAUCAAAAUUCACUAUCACACCUGGUUCUGAGCAAAUUCGUGCAACCAUUGAUCGCGAUGGAUUUGUCGAUAUCUUUGAAAAGUGCAAUGGUGUUGUUCUUGCCAACGCCUGUGGUCCAUGUAUUGGCCAGUGGGAUCGUCGGGACGUCAAAAAGGGUGAAAAGAACUCUAUUAUUAACUCUUAUAACCGUAAUUUUACCGGCCGUAACGAUGCCAACCCAGCUACCCAUUCCUUUGUUGCAAGCCCCGAGAUUGUCACCGCGAUGGUCUUUGCUGGCGAUCUUCGCUUCAAUCCUGUCAAGGACACUCUCAAGACUGCUGAUGGUAAAGACUUCCGUUUCCAGAUGCCCACUGGAGACGAGCUUCCCCCUCGCGGCUAUGACCCUGGUGAGGAUACUUUCCAGUCUCCCCCUGCUGAUCGCUCCAAGAUCACUGUCAGUGUGAGCCCCACCUCUGAUCGUCUUCAGCUUCUUAGCCCUUUUGCCAAAUGGGAUGGAAAGGACUAUGAAAAUAUAGAUAUUCUGAUCAAAGUCAAGGGAAAAUGCACAACUGAUCACAUUUCAAUGGCCGGUCCAUGGCUCAAGUAUCGUGGACAUCUUGACAACAUAUCCAACAACAUGUUGAUUGGUGCCAUUAACAUUGCCAACAACGAGGCAAACUCUGUCAAAAAUCUGCUUACUGGAAAGUUUGAAGCGGUUCCCAAAACUGCUCGUGAUUACAAAGCUAAAGGCUUGAAAUGGGUUGUCAUUGGUGAUGAAAAUUAUGGUGAGGGUUCAUCUCGCGAGCAUGCCGCUCUCGAGGUUCGUCACCUUGGUGGUGUUGCUGUUAUUGUUCGCUCAUUUGCUCGUAUCCAUGAGACCAAUCUUAAAAAGCAAGGCAUGCUUCCCUUGACCUUUGCUGAUCCCAAGGACUAUGAUCGUGUUGAUCCUACUGACAAGGUCUCUGUUAUUGGCCUCACUACAUUUACACCUGGAAAGCAACUUAUUCUUCGUGCUCACAAGCAGGAUGGCUCCACCCUUGACAUUAAGCUGAACCACACUUUCAAUGCAGGUCAGAUUGGCUGGUUCAAGGCUGGAAGCGCACUGAACAUGAUGGCUCAAUAAAUUGACGCGAUCUGAUACUUACUCUACACAUUCCAAAGUUUAUUCACUUUACUUUUCCAAGUGCAUAAAGUCAAUGGGGCCAGCACAUAUUGGCUCAACAUUUGUUACUUUUUUGCAAUGAAACAGAAAUAAAAGCAGUUUGAAAUC